CAGUAUUAGACAUGUUAUGUGUCAUCCACACCACCGGGUGGCGACAGUGAGCGUUAUUUAAUUUUGGCGCAAACCGGAAGUCAUCCAACUGUCCGCCUCAAACAAAGUUGAACAUUGAGCGGCGACCUGCAUCUUGAGCUGAGAUAGUAACGUUAUCGAUUAAUCGCGGUUUUUAUUGAUUGAUUUAGACGUAUGUAAUACUUAUAACUGAACGAGUUAGUUCCGUACUUAAGUUAGCGGUUCAAAGUGGAAAACCGCGAAGAAGAAUCCAAACACUGGAAUGAUUGCUAUCCUGUUAGCUAGCUAGCUGAUGUUAGCAAAUAAAGCUAAACCGUUAUCUAGCACUGACUUCACUUUAAAUUCACGCUAGGUUGUUUAUUCUAAAUUGCCGACUAGUUUCUGGAUUAACUUCCACUUUAAAUGGAUGAGCACAAGGAGAACAUUCACACCGAGGACGUCAACGUGAAGAUGUCUAACACGAGAGAAGAAGAGAAGGUGAAGCCUUGCAGCAGGAUAUGUCCCGAUGAGGAAUCUGCUCCUCAGGUGUCCCCGUCUCAGUCCAUCAGUGACUUCAGUCAUCCGGUGUACAAAGAGAUCGCUCAGGCUAACGGACACAUCAACCGCAUGACCAAGGAAGAGCUUCGGAUCAAGUUAGCAGCGCUGCAGCUCGACACCAGAGGUGUGAAGGACGUGAUGAAGAAGAGGUUGAAGAGCCACUACAAAAAGCAGAAGCUGAUGCAGUCCCCCGUUGAGGGGGGGCCCACCGACACCUUCUACGACUACAUCUGCGUGGUGGACUUUGAAGCGACGUGUGAGGAGGAUAAUCCUUCAGACUUCCACCAUGAAAUCAUUGAGUUCCCCAUGGUUCUCAUCAACACGCACACCUUAGAAAUUGUGGACUCCUUUCAGGAAUAUGUCAAACCAGAGACGAACCCACAGCUUUCAGACUUCUGUGUGAAGUUAACGGGGAUAACACAGAAAAUGGUGGACGAAGCAGAGCUGUUUCCAGAGGUCCUCCAGCGGGUCGUCGCUUGGCUUCAGGAGAGGGAGCUCGGGACAAAGUACAAAUACGCCAUCCUUACCGACGGGGCCUGGGAUAUGAGCAAGUUCCUCAACAUCCAGUGCCGGAUUAGCCGGAUCCGAUACCCCCACUUUGCAAAGAAGUGGAUCAACAUCAGGAAAUCAUACGGAAACUUCUACAAGGUCCCACGCACACAGACGAAGCUGAGCACCAUGUUGGAGAAGUUGGGUCUGAAGUACGAAGGUCGCCCUCACUCUGGGCUGGACGACUCGCGUAACAUCGCCCGGAUAGCGCUGCGCAUGCUGCUGGAUGGCUGUCAGCUGCGCGUCAACGAACGCAUGCACGCCGGCCAGCUGCUCUCCGUGCCCAGUUCGGAUCCUGUGGAAGGAGCCCCCCCACCACAUAACCCCCGCAGCAGAGACUAGACCCGAGGCCAGUUCUCCGGUCUCAACUUUUAACCCCUGUGAGUUGGAGAGAAAAACAAAUCCAAAACACUUUUACAGUCUUAAUGUCAAGUUGUACUUUGUUUGGAGCUGAAACGCUGAAGUUCAUCAAGGGUGUAAAUGGGGUCAACAUUUUGAUUUAAGAUUCUCUGACCACAGCUCCAUAUAUUUUUACACCAGAUGUCUAAAAACAGAGAUCAUACGAGUGUGUUGUGGGAGGAUUUUCCUUUCAUUGUUAGUCUGUUAAACCUUCCUCGCCCGGCCUAAUCAAGCUGCUAAUACUCAAGCAAUUUGAUUAUAGUGUUACAUUUAGUUGUCCCAUGAUGAUGUGAAUUUGUUUUUAUUUCAUGUUUUGCAUCCAAGAAAUACAACUCUUUGAAAACAUUGAAUAGUUGUCAUUGUUGUGGCAGUAAAAUUAUAUCAAUGUCGGCCUUUAAAACCCCACAUCUCUCUCACCAUUGUGCAAAUACUAAACACAAGUGUUGCUGCUGCUGUCUGAAGUGCCACAUAACAGAGCCAUAACAUCACACUGAGUAAUGAGACUACAUUGUCUGUCAUUGUACCAAUACAGCACAAAUUAACCAAUAACACGUCUGUUGUUAGUACUGUAAGAGUCAUCCGUCAUCUUUUGUAAUGAUAUUGAAUGACUUGUUUCAUGGAGGAUGCUCUAUUUUAACCGGAACAGAUAUUCUUCUGAAUGCCAAAUGUAUCAAAUAAAAAACGUUUCUCUGUUCUUGUAAA